GCUUAUGCAUUUGAACUUGUGGACCAGUUCCCACCCACAGCCAUUCUGAAAAAUUACGUGGAAUAUGUUGAACGUAAUUAUAUGAAUGUUUGCCAGAAAGAGACCUGCUCAUUCGAAGAAAAGAUUGAGGCCAUUGAACAACAGGUUGCUUCUAUUAGAGCUGUUAUCAGAUGUAUUCUGAAUUACAAACUUCAGUUUAAAUAUCCGAUAGAACACCUUGAAGAAUGUAUAGAAGUGCUUACAAGGCAGAAGGAAGAUCAAGCUGCAUUAUGUGUCAUUUAUGAGGCUAAAACGCCAGAGCAAGCGAAUGUGAAUCAGAUGGGCUCUACUAAUCCAUCUAUUCCCACAGGCACCAAGGCCCUCAAUUCCGCAUCAUUCUCUGCUAGAACCCCCUCGUGCACUUUAGGUCAUUCCAAUUCCAUGGCCAUUAUCCUUAUGAACAUGAGUGGAGAGGAUUUGCAGAAUUUCUUAAACAAACAUUUGAAGGAGCACAAGUUGUUGCGCAGUGAAGUCUUUAGUGCUCUUCAAAUGUCGCUGGACUCGGGGAUGCUUGUGUUGGAAGCACUGGUAGGGUUUUAUCCUCCAGACUAUCAGAAAGAAGAGAUUGAAUUUAAUCGUAAUAUUAUCAGGCAGAGUUGCAUCCUUUUAUUAGAACAGUUCAUGGAACUUUCGCCGGAGAUUAAACCAGAGGCUAAAUUAGAAGCUAGCAAGCUUGCAUUUGCCUGGAAAGCAAAGAUGAUGGGUGAAAUGGAAAACCAUUUGGCAAUCUUGGGUUUUCUUCUUCUUGUAGGUAGCUACAGAUUGGCUUCUGCCUUCGAUAAAGAUGAACUUGAGAGUUUGUAUCACAAGGUAUCACCGCAUGUGAAUACAUCUGAAAUCUGUCACGCCCUUGGUAUUUCAAAUAAUACUUCAAAAGAAUCGAAGAGACACAAGGCUCAAGGCUAUACAGAUGAAUCUGUUUGCAACAACAUGGAUAUGAAAUGCGAAGGACAUGAUGUAAUCUGCAAUUGUGCCUCAAGUUUACUUCGUACAUCAGAUCCUGCUUUGCUUGUACUGGAUGCUUUCCGGAGUUGUCAUCCCACAAAAUUAGGGAGGUGUGAAAACUUCCCAUCAGUUAUGCGGAGCUUCUCUGAUCUGUUGGACCAGCUGAGAGAAACUUCUCCAGAAAUUAAACCUCAUGUUAAAGCGGGGGCUAUUGCAUUUGCAGUUGAUUGGUAUUCUACAUUGAUCGGGUCCCAGCUAAAUACAUCCGAGUUCUUGGCAUUUGUGCAGCUUUUAGCUAUUUAUAAAAUAAUAGACUCUUUCCAUUCAGAUGCACUUUUUGGUCUUUUGGAGAAAGUUCAACCAACUGAAAGUGUUGUUACUUUGUUCAAAAUCCUUGGGUUGACAGAUAAGAUCCGAUGCUUCGUCCAAAAUCUUAUAAAUAAAAAGCAGUGGAUGGUGGCAUUUACUUAUGUCUAUGAGUUUGAUCUUGUUAACUUGGUUUCACCAGUGAUGCUCCUGAGGGAUUAUGUAAGACACUCAGAAGAGAUUGCCAAGAAAAUACUUCAUGCUGGAAAUAGUUCUCAUCGAGCCCAAAUGAAGGCUAUAAAUUAUGAAAUAAAUGCACUAAGAAAUGCAGUUAGACAUAUUGUGGAUCCUGGUCUUCAGUCGGAAUAUUCACUUUCUCAACUUCAAGAACAGAUCGAAAAACUUCAAUGUCAGAUGUCAAACUCGAGUCAAUCAAGCUCAAAUCGAAACUUUAUUGCUGAGUUCCGACAAGUUAAAACAAAUAAAGGAACUUGCAGAUCUGCUCCAAUUGCUCAAGUGCGAAAAGAGCUCAUGAAGAAACGUUCUGCCCCAGCUGGUGACACUGAUUUUAUCCACAGGGCUCGAGGAAAACAGAACUUUAAGCGCCAUCGUCAUUUAUCCAUGAGGAGAUGAGUUGUAUCAAGUGUUUUAUUGACAAUCCCUCACGGUUAUGUUCUUUACGAGCAUUGUGGGAGUGGGUUGUGGAGGAAUAUUUUGAGGGGGUGAGAAUAGUUUAGUGCUAAUGUGUCUCUUGGGUUUUGGGGGGUGGGGGUUACGUUUUUUGGGGCACUGGCGGUGUGGGGUUAACAUUUUGAGGCUUGCUUUUCUAAACAUUUGCAGAACUUGCCAGCAGGAGGUAACAGUUCAACGAAUCCGGAGGCUAUAGGAUGGAAUUGCAAGAUUGGAAGUUGUCAGAAUUUCAAAGCCGCAUUGAAUUACUUCACAAACAAAGCACAUCACAUGACUGCCACUAUAUUGGAGGUUUGGGAACCUUGGAGGGUUUUCUGUUAACUUAUGUUAUGAGAAUCUUUUGACUAGGAGGAGGUAGCUUCUCCUUACAUCUCAGUACAUCUCAGUUUGGAUCCCUAACAUAUCGAGAAAUGUGUGCCUUUUUAUUACCUGGUUAGCCACAAGAGGGAUGAUUUUGACGGCUGAGAAUUUGAGGAAGAGGGAGAUUACUUAUGUUUGUUAGUGCUAUAUAGGUAAUUAUGGGAUUGUUUGGUAUAUCUCUGGUGAUGCCGGUUACUGUAAGAAAUGUUCAACUGGAAGAUGGAGAUGAAGACGUAAGGCGUGGGAAGUUAGUCCACUAGCACUCAUGUGGGUUGUUGGUGAGAAAUAUGAGACUUGUUGAAGGGGUAGAAAUUGAUUUUGCAUCAUUGAUAGCCUCUUAUCCUUUUUUCUUGGUGCACCCAUGAGGCUCCUCGUUAUGUCGAAGAGUGGGUGUCAUGUGUAAUAAAAAAACAUAUCUUUUUGGUAGGUUUUCCACUUUUUGGUGUACGUCUUGUGUAUAGGUGUUUUAACUCAAACUUUCGCUUAAGUUAUGUACUACCUUAUAAAAAUUGCCCUGUCCAAGCAUUUCCUGAGCUCA